AUGCCCCUCUGUGGAAACAAUAUAAAAGCUGUAUGUGUUUCCAAUGGGAUUAGAGUAAAAGCAGAAGAGCAGAAGGAGUUUGCAAUGGCAGAGGAUAAGAAACCGAAUUGUGGAGACCUUAUUGAAAUCCCCCGAGGCCUAUAUCAGCACUGGGCUAUUUAUGUGGGUGAUGGAUAUGUGGUUCACCUAGCCUCAGCCUCUGAGCAUGCCAACGCUGGAGCCAGCAGUGUGAAGUCAGUAGUGCACAACAAGGCCACAGUGAAGAGAGAAAAACUUGAGGAUGUGGUUGGCAAUGAUACAUACUAUAUCAACAAUCAUCUGGAUGAGAAAUAUGAGCCACAUCCCAUUCAAGAUAUUCUACAGGACGCAAAAAUUCUUGUGGAUAAGGAACUUCAAUAUGGUGUGACUACAAAGAACUGUGAGCACUUUGUUACGCUGUUGAGAUACGGACAGCCACAUUCCCAGCAGGUGGAAGAUGCAGCAGUGUACGGUUCUCUUAUUGCUGGUAUUGUUGUGCUUGGCUAUGUAAUCUUUAAACUAGCCACUUCAAAAGACAAAGAGAAGGAGAAAAAUGAACAUGGAAAUGGGAAAUGAAGAAAUAAAAGCACAAUUGCGGAGGCCUUGAAUUAAAGACAGUAAAUGUAUGGUGAAUCUGAUCAAAUUUAAAUCAUUUUAAUAAACAUCCUUACAGGCACUGGCAUCCUUGCUUUAUUCAUUUUAUUGUUUCAA